GUUUAUCUCGCUCAUUUUCCCAAUUGACAUUCUACAGUGUCAACUCACACUGUGAAACUUCCCAUAUUACACGACACCUCUCUAAUAACAUGCGUGUGCAGCCUAGCUUGUCUGCUCUCGGCACAUGCAUUGCUGUCGCUGUAUCAUUCGUGGACGCGCUAACCCCGCGAUCGCAGAUCAACAGCUCAUACGACUUUGUCAUUGUGGGAGGUGGUCAAGCUGGUCUCGUGCUCGGAUGUCGCCUGUCACAAACCACGAAUUUUACCGUCCUUGUUCUGGAAGCUGGCAGUAAUGGGGAUGAAUAUCGAGAACGUAUAGAUACACCUGCAUACUCUUACUAUGAUUCCCUAUGGACAACACCUUUGAAUUGGGCAUAUAACACCGUCCCUCAACCCAAUGCGCAUGAUCGCCAAAUUUCUUGGCCUCGUGGCAAAACACUCGGAGGUAGUUCCGCCAUCAAUGGACUGUAUCUAACGAGGCCUGGUAAGGAUGAGAUCAAUGCCUGGAAAGACAUGCUUGGCGACAUGGACGGAGCGAACAACUGGUCAUGGGACCCAUUCUACGCUGCUAUGAAGAAGAGUGAGACUUUCACUCCUCCAUCGGAUGCUAUUGCUCAAGAAGCAAACAUAACAUGGGAUGCUUUAACUCAUGGCACUCAUGGCCCAAUUCAUGUAUCAUACCCCGGAUACAUAUUUCCCCAAGUUGGCCAAUGGAUUGAAUCGCUAGAGAAUAUGGGCAUUGCUAGUUCCAAUGAGAUGUACGGUGGUGAUAACUGGGGCGCGGAGGUUUCAACGUCAACCAUUAACCCUACGAAUUGGACGCGUUCUUAUAGUCGGACUGGGUAUCUCGACCCUCUUUUGGACCAAGGUAAUUACGAUGUUUUGGUUGACGCUUACGUCACACGUAUUCUUUUCAACAGUUCUUCACCAUCGGAUAACCUGACGGCAAACGCUGUUGAAUACACGACCGAUGGCGGGAAAACGAAAUUGACCGUCAAUAUCACUAAGGAAGUUAUUCUAUCAGCUGGUUCUGUCGGCAGUCCAUCUAUCUUGCUGUAUAGUGGCGUGGGUCCUAAGGAUGUACUUUCCUCUGCUGGGGUUGACCUUGUGUCUGAGCUGCCUGGUGUCGGUCAACAUCUGCAAGAUCAUUUUAGCGCUACCGUAAAAUGGGGUACAAGCGAUGUGACUUCGGGCUCUAUCUAUUAUGAUAAUGGUUCUGAUAAGAACCAAACACUCUAUCUCUCGUAUAUUGACUCAGCUAUUGCCUAUGUGAAUGCAACAGCUAUGUAUGGCAGCACCCUUGAUGAACUACAGAAAAAUAUAUCGUCUUCAAUUGAUCGGUAUGCGCCGAACACAACUUAUGAUUCUGGUGUCAUAGCAGGCUACAAGGCAAUCUGCAAUACUACCGCAACUAUCAUUCUCAAUAGCGGUGUCGGUCAGAUUGAAAUUCUUUUCAUGAAUAGCGAUGCAAAUGGCGACAUUGGUAUCACUGCUGCUUUGCAACACCCAUAUAGCCACGGUCGUAUCUACAUCAAUUCUUCGAAUCCUAUGGACUACCCUGUUAUAGACCCUAACUAUCUGGCCAAUCCAUCUGACUACGAAAUUUUGCGCGAGGGUCUCAAGCUAGCUCGACGGCUUGGUGAAACUCAACCGUUCAAUAGCACUCUAACAAAAGAGACUUCGCCUGGCUUAGGAGUUCAGACGGAUGACGAAUGGCUGGAUUGGCUGCGUGGACAGGCUGGAACAGAAUUCCACCCGUCUUCCUCCUGUGCAAUGCUCCCCCAGCAUCAAGGCGGUGUUGUCGAUGCCAACCUUCGCGUAUACGGUCUUGCCAAUGUUCGUGUAGCCGAUGCAAGCGUUAUUCCUAUUUCCUUGUCUACGCACCUGAUGGCCUCAACCUACGGUCUGGCUGAGCAAGCGAGCAAUAUUAUCCUUGCAUCUUACAACAACGCUUCCACGACAGUGCCUCACUUCAGCACUUCACCCACUACUACUCCAAGUAGCAAUAUCUCGAACAGCUCGAAUGGCACAAAGCCUACAGGUAGCUCCGAUGGCAACCAAAGUGUGUCUGUGUGGUCCGUGUGGGCUGCUUUGACUACAGUAGCUGCCCAUAUCGCCGUUUUCCAUUUCUUGUUCUAAGCGAAUCGAGAAUGGGCUUAAUUGUUCAUACAUGGCUAUCCCACCCAUUGGGGGUUUCCAUUAACGAGCUCAAUGCCUUGCAACACGAUUUGUGCACUCUUUCCUGUUUACUCAUUAUAAUAUUUUACUGAACAUGAGACUUAGAUACCAAGGUGGUUGGAGUUUUUCUCUCUGUUUUUAGAGGCGUUGUGCCUUGUUAGAUUUUUAUUUUUGACAUUACGUUUAUGAAUAUCAGAACACGGUACAGGUUGAACUUCAUUCAUAGGCGACGGAUUAUGACACCAGCACUUUGUUCUAUACUUUAUAUAGGUUCCUGGAGUUGACUGACAGAUAAUUUCUCGGGAUUAAGAUAUAUUUUUUAACUUUCAAUAUACAAAUUUCUAU